GACAACACUUCUGAGUUGAGCAAAUUGGUGCUGUCUGAAUUCGACCGGCGGGCGGACCACCUCUACCCGUACAGGGCCACACUGCGCCUGUCUGUGGCGGAGUGUGCGGCGGCUUGGCGCGACCUCGUCGUGAACUUGGACCAGGGGUCUUGGACGAUGCAGGCAGAGCGCGCAGAUCUGAAGCGGGCCUCCACGGCUCGCCACGCAGCGAAAAUGUCCUGGAAGAAGCUGUGCCACAUCAAGCACCGGGUGUCUUGGGACGGCAUGAAGAAUCUCCUGCUGGAGAAGGCCUAUUCCCCCCUCGACAAUGUCAAAGCGCUCGCCCGGUCGCUCCUCGUGCUGGUCAACCUCACUGAGCGCGGCUGCACAGUGGCCAAGGCUGCCAAGCGGAGUGGCGUGGAGAAAGCAGCGGCUCAGAAGAGCGCGCUGGUGGACCGCAUCUACCACGCGAUCGCGCA